AUGUCGCAAUGGAUCCAGAGGCAUACCUCCGCGACAGCCUUCCAGAUUGGCCUCGCUGCGACGCUGGGUGCAGUUGCAGCUACCACGGUGAUCUUUACCGCGACCGCGAUCCACCGCCGUCGAGCAACCGAAGAGCUCAAAGCCUCCAUUCCCGAGAUUUCGCGCGAGCACCAUGCCAUGCAGCUCACGGAAUAUGGGGGAGCCAGCCGGCCCACGAUGACGGACAAGGAAGAUACUCGGGCCGCGCAAAUAGCGGCGAGGGCCAGGAAGGGAGACUACGAUGAAGAGUUGAUACUCGAGCAACUGGCACGGAACAGGGUGUUUUUGAAAGACGAGGGCCUCGCGAAGCUGCGGACUGCGUUUGUGGUCGUCGUGGGACUCGGUGGUGUAGGAAGCCACUGUGUCGCGGCGCUGGCCAGGAGUGGUGUUUCGCGCAUCCGAGUGGUGGACUUUGAUCAGGUCACGCUGAGCAGUCUCAACAGGCACGCUCUUGCGACGUUGGCAGACGUGGGGACGCCCAAGGUCAACUGUGUCAGGAAAAGGUUGGAGCAGAUCUGUCCGUGGGUGCGCAUCGACGAACGCAACGAGCUGCUGGGAUCACGGUCGAUCGAAGGCCUGCUGGGGAAAUGGGAUUUCGAGCUGAGAGACGGUGAAGGCUCCAAGGAGGUGGAUUGGGUGGUCGAUGCCAUUGACAACAUUGACACCAAGGUCGAAUUGUUGAAAUACUGUGCGAUGAGAAACAUCCAGGUCAUCAGUGCUAUGGGAGCAGGGUGCAAGAGUGAUCCAACCAGGAUACAGGUCGGAGACAUCUCGACUAGCGUUGAGGAUCCUUUAUCAAAAGCGACGAGGCGGCGGCUACGGCUCAUGGGCAUCAGCAGCGGAAUUCCUGUCGUCUUUUCGACGGAGAAGCCCGGCGAGGGUAAGGCGGAGUUGCUCCCCAUCGCGGACGAAGAGGUCCAAAAGGGUCAAGUCGACAAGCUGGGCGUCCUGCCUGAAUUCCGUGUCAGAAUCUUGCCUGUUCUCGGAACGAUGCCGGCCGUCUUUGGAUAUACCGUGGCCAACCAUGUCAUUUGCAGCAUUGCUGGAUAUCCGAUGGACUACCGGAUGGGCGAUAAAGGGAGGGAGAAAAUGUACGACGCCAUCCUGUCGACCUUGCUGGGCCUGGAAGAACGACUUGUCCGGUCAACCAACGGGCAAGAUGUUGUCGGUCUCCGACUACCAGUGAGUCGCGAAGAUGUUGCUUAUCUUGUGGAGGAGAUCUUCCGUGGCAAAAGUGUCAUUAGCGGACUGGGCACCAGACUUGCUCUCGUCAGAUGGCGGAAACCUGCCGAAGGCUUCAAAGUCGACCAGGGGUACGAGAAAGAAGGACAGAAGAUGAUCAAACUGCCUCUGACAGACUUGGUUCUUGUGACAAAAGAGGAGGCACAGAGGCAUGAGAAAUUGGUGUUGAAGGGGGAGAUGGAUCCAGACGAGCUAUACGACGCCAGUGUCCUAUCGCGAGUCAAAAGGCGCCUUGACGACGAGAGAGCAUACGAGAGGUAUAGGUAG